AUGUCAGAAAAGCGGCUUAGAAAUGAAGGAAGGCAUGGACGUUGCGUGUCAGCAUUAUUUCGACGAUCUCAAAUUGGCGUACAAGUACAGGAAGGGAGGAGUUCGCAGUCAAGAGGGAGCACUUCCUCUAGAAGAUCAGGUCAUGUAAAGAAGUCGGAAAUACGCGAUGCUCUUGCUGAAUUGGCAUAUUCUGGUGAUUUGGACUUCGAUGCGAUUGGAAGAGUCGAAGAAUAUGUAACCAAAUGCAAAUCCGGUCUGCACACUUUUAUGGGAGGAACUAAGGAGUAUAGGGUGCCCGUGGUUUGCAAGUAUCUGGGGAACGAUUCUCAAGAAACCGAAAUCUCAGACUCCAUGUGGGCUCGCAAUUAAUGACCUGCUUAGUGAUUUUAAGACGAUUUAUCUUUGUGUUUUAUCUUUGUGUUGUAAAUAAUCGAAUGGUUUUUAUGUUUUUAAGUUUGGUGUUGGACGCAAAGGUGGUGGUGGUGGUGAGUGCUGGUAAUUGUGAUGAAGACAUUGGUGGAGUUCAAAAUUGUCUUUUGAAUUUUAUGUUUUAAGUUUGGAGUUUAUAUAAAAGUAGUCCUUGUGUUUAAUGUGUUUUUAAGUUUAGAGU